AUGAAGAAACAUUCGGCCAGGGUCGCCCCGCUCUCCGCCUGCAACAGCCCAGUGCUCACCUUGACGAAAGUAGAAGGAGAGGACCGGCCGCGGGAGAAUGUGGUGGGCACGUCGGACGGCCAGGCCUCUACGGUGGGCACCAGCACGGAGGGCGCCUCGUCCGGCCGGCGGCGGCUGCACUGCUGCGUGCGGGUGACGGCGCUGCAGGUGCGCAAGGCCCUGUGGGGCAUCGCCAUGGUGAUGUGCGUCUGCUCGUCCUGGGCCGGCUCCACGCAGUUGGCCAAGCUGACGUUCAAGCAGUUCGACGCGCCCUUCACACUCACGUGGUUCGCCACCACCUGGAACUGCCUCUUCUUCCCGCUCUACUACGUCGGGCACAUGUGCAAGAACCCCGAGAGGCAGACGCCCAAGCAGAGGUUCAGAGAGUGCUGCCGGUUCUUUGGGGACGACGGGCUGACGGCCAAGGUCUUCUUCACCAAGGUGGCUCCCUUCGGCCUCCUGUGGACGCUCACCAACUACCUGUACCUGCAGGCGCUGCGCAAGAUCAACACCACGGACGUGUCGGCCCUCUUCUGCUGUAACAAGGCCUUCGUCUUCCUGCUCUCCUGGAUCGUCCUGAGGGACCGCUUCAUGGGAGUACGGAUUGUGGCGGCCAUUUUGGCCAUCGCAGGGAUUGUGAUGAUGACGUACGCUGAUGGCUUCCACAGCCACUCUGUUAUCGGGAUCACGCUGGUGGUCGCCUCUGCAUCAAUGUCAGCCCUCUACAAGGUGCUCUUCAAGCUGGUCCUGGGAAGCGCCAAGUUCGGCGAGGCGGCGCUGUUCCUGAGCAUCGUCGGCGGGGCCAACUUCGUCUUCAUCAGCUUUGUGCCCAUCAUCCUCUAUUUCACGCACGUGGAGUACUUUGGCUCCCCCAGUGACAUUCCCUGGGCGUACUUGUGUGGUGUGGCAGGUCUACUUUUAGCUUUCAACAUCCUGGUGAAUUUUGGUAUUGCAAUAACAUACCCAACAUUGAUUUCCAUUGGGAUUGUCCUCAGUGUCCCUGUCAAUGCAUUGGUGGACCUGUACACGUGUGACAUCCAGUUCAACACGGUGCGCCUCAUCGCCGUCUUCAUCAUCUGCCUGGGCUUCCUCAUGCUCCUGCUGCCCGAGGACUGGGACCAGUGCCUGAUCCAGCUCAGCACCAAGCUGCGCAGCAAGCGCGAGGAGCCAGCAGAGGGCGCCGCCGAGGCCGGCACCAACUCGAGCCUCAACUGGAACCGCAGGAACAGGACGUCCAUGUCCACGUUCACUCACUGACCCCAAAUCCCUCAGUCCAGGCCCCCCCUCCGUCCCGCCAGUCCUUCCUCCUGCUGCACCGAACACUGCACUCGCACUCAGAGACGAGCAAACCAACUGGAUCG